AGUUUUGUUUACUUUGAGCUUGGUAGGUGUGUGUCUGUACGUGGUCUUGACUAAAUGAGAAGUCACUCCUGGCUAUCAAAGUCCUCAAAGAUAUCGGCAAGGGUUGUUUCCAUUCCGUCUAGAGAUGUGACCUUAAUUAUUUGGGAUUUAUUUAUAUUCCGCCAUGCUGAUGCCUGCAACACUUGGAGAAUAAGAUACAGUCCAUGUUUACUGUACAAACAUGACAGAGACAUUUAAAAAUUCCUGUGUGCUAUCACCCUCGUUUGAAAGUCCCAACCCUGCUAAAGUCCCGCCACUCCAGGCUCCACGCUGGCUGGCUGCUAUGUGGAAGAAGGUCUUGGCUGUUCUCCUUGGUGUAAUAGUAGGCUACUGGCUCAUCGACGACUUCAAUCCAGAUGUUGUACAAGGGAAACGAGUGCUUAUCACAGGAGGAUCCGGAGGGAUCGGGGAACAGAUGGCUUACCACUUCGCGCGUAUGGGGGCCAGUGUCAUUGUUACGGCCCGCAGGGAGAACCGACUACAGCAGGUUGUAGCUCGGUGUCGUGAACUGGGAGAUAAGUCGGCCAUCUUUGAUUACAUCCCAGCGGAUAUGUCCAACCUGACGGACACAGAUCGAGUCAUGAAUGAGGUGCGGGCUCGCCUCGGAGGACUGGAUUAUCUAGUUCUGAACCACAUCAUUAGUGCCCCUUUAGGUCUCUGGGUCGGCAGUACCGAGAACCUCACACACCUAGACAAGCUGUUUGAUGUCAACUUUAAGGCAUAUGUCCACCUGACAUCACAUGCGCUUCCUUUACUGACACAGAGCAACGGACAUAUUAUCGUCAUGUCCUCGCUCUCAGGAAAAAUAGCUCAACCUUUUACCAUAGCAUACUCAGCUUCUAAAUUUGCCCUCAACGGGUUCUUCAACGGUCUGCGACAGGAGCUAAAGAUGAAAAACUGUGAUAUCUCUAUAACACUUUGUGUGAUUGGAUUUGUGGGUACGGAGAAUGCUGUACGCGAGUUGGAAAAUUUUCAUCAGGACUUUUUACUGAAAAGUGUUCCCCCGGAGGAUCCCGCAGAUGCCGCCCUUGCGGUAAUAAAGGGCGGGGCCACUGGUGUAAGGGAACUACAUUUCCCGUACUUUUCUAUGAAGAUAGUGACUAUACUCCGGGACAUAGUACCACAGACGAUGGAGCUGUUUUUCAGACAGGUUUACCAGUUAAACUCCUAACACCUUCUCUUACAUUAUUAAGUCAUUCACCCCUGAAAUUCCAUAAUGAACUAUUCCAACCUUUGAAUUGGAAGAGUUCAAAUGUGUCUUCAGGGGUGAAUGAGUUAAGUCACAGACAACUCCUAACAUACACCUUCUCUUACCUACUAAGUCAUAGACAUUUCCCAAUAUAAUAUAAUUCACUGGUAAUCCUGCAAAAAUUGAAAUAAGUCAGCAUUUCUUCAAAUGUAUUCUCAUAAUAUUAGCUGAUCUUGACCAAUUUGGAUUGAAUCUACUCUAGAUUUUUCUCUAGUUAUUCUGAUGAUAUUGGUAAGUUAACUCAUUCACCCCUGGAGUGGAGACAUAUUUGAACUCCAAUACAAAGGUUGGAAUAGUUCAUUAUGAAAUGUUCAGGGGUGAAUGAGUUAACACUUGUGAAUUGUUGUACAUGUUGCUUCAUUAAUCAUAAUAUUUUUUGUGAUAUCACAGCACAAUACAACCUUUCUAAACAGUCCCUACCUGUCUAAUCCAGACCCUCUCUGCUCUGGAAAGGAGCAUCAUUUUACUAAUAUUCCUAUAGAAAUACUUUUUUAAAUAUCCUGUAUAUUUUGGCAUAUUCCUCAGUCAAUAAUUCCUGCAAAAUGUCUUUUCUGGACCUAAAAUGUUUAACAUCUGUUUACAUUCAUUAAGCAUUAAAAUUGAAUGUUUUAUAUUUUCUAUCCUUAAAUGAAUGCUUCAUGUAUAUGAACUUAAAUGUACAAAUGUUUCUAAACUUGAUCCCCAACAUAACUUUCUCUGUGUAACACUAUAAACCGGCCCGUUAUUUAAGUCACGGGCCUAGACAGGUUGUAGUGUAUUGUGAUUUACCCACACUUCUGUAACACACUGUUUAUAUCGUAAUAUUAUCUGGGAAAUAAUCUGGGUCUAUUUUUCAUGAAAAUACCCCCAAAAAAUAAGAAUAAUGCAAAGAUCAAAAUCUGCAGUAGUUUUUUAUUGCUUCAGUUUACAGACAACUGGAUAUAGGUCAGGAGAUGAAACAGGUUUUUUAUUUGUUGGGAAAUGUCCUUUUAAUUUUGUUGUUAUGACGAUGAUGUUAUCAUGUUAAAUAUUUGUGGUUAUAUAUAUUAAAGUGGCUGUAGUUAUUUUUGUAGAAUUUAGAAAUGUGUAAUUUCUUUAUUUUGUCAAUCCUGGAUAUUAUAAAUUGAGAAGUUAACUUGUGAUUAUAUACCUCUACCUGUCCUUACUCUGUCUGUUUAGUGUUCACUCAUUUCUUUAUCCUCCUCUCCUCUCUCCCUCCCGCUCAAUGUUUGCUUCCUGUUACGGGUCUAAAAGAUAAGGGUAAGUUGUUAUGUAAAACAUUUUUAUUUUUCAAUGUUUUAUAUGGUUCAUAUAGGCAGGGACGUAUAGUGAAGGGGAUUAGCAACUCCCUCUUUGCCUUACCAAUUUUAUGACACGUCAAUCUAGACUUACCUCCCCCUGAUUCAGGAGCAGAUAGCGAGCGCCACCUAUCUCAACUUUGACAAAGCAAGAUGGCGUCGAUACCGCUUCGUUAGAUACAGAAGUUGGCGUGAAAACAAACCAAUCGCGAUAAGUGUUCUUACGUCUUUUGUUUAUCCCAUUGUUAUAAGCUGGUUGUAUUACUUA